CCAUUCACAACUGGAGAGAGAGAGAGAGAGUGAGAGAGAAGAAAUGGGGAGAUCGACGACGACGACAAAGGAUGCUCAAGCUCUUAUUCAUUCUCUCCGCACCGCCUACGCCGCUACCCCCACUAAUCUCAAGAUCAUCGAUCUCUACAUUGUCUUUGCAGUCGUUACAGCUAUAAUUCAGGUAGGUUACAUGGCUAUUGUUGGGUCCUUCCCCUUCAACUCCUUUCUUUCAGGUGUACUUUCAUCUGUGGGGACUGCUGUUCUUGCAGUUUGUCUUCGAAUUCAAGUAAACAAAGAAAACAAGGAAUUUAAGGAUAUAGGUCAAGAACGUGCUUUCGCAGAUUUUGUUCUUUGCAAUUUGGUACUCCAUUUGGUUAUCAUGAACUUCCUAGGAUAAGCCACCAUUUGGUACUUGAAUAGAGACGCAACGUUAAUCAGAUUGGGUUUUAGUAAUUAAACCGAAAGGGUAUUUUGUACAACAACUUAAGUGUAGUGGAUUAGAUUGGGUGUUAUCCCUUCCUAUUCAGUCGUCGAAAAUAUGUCAAUUAGAUUCAUGUUAUCCAGACUCCAAAUUUUCAAUCUUUUCGGUAGUGGCAUUGUAAUCAAUUCUUAAAAGUGUAUGAAUUCAAAUGUUGAACAGUUCCUACAAUAGAGUAUUAAUAUCACCCCUUCCUAUUCUUUUGGGUAAAUUACAACUACCCUUGAGGUAUGGUGAAA